UUUGUGUGUUUUUUUUAGGAUCGGGUGUGUCGCAAGGGAGGAUGGGAUCAUUGGAGACAAGGAUAGGAAACCGUCGGCGACAGAGGCGAAGACUCUCUGGCCGUCGCGAUGACGAGUCCAAUGGAGAUAGCGGGUUCUAAUCGGAGAAGAAGAAACGAGGACAGAAACCUUGGGGAGAAGAAGAUCAAUUCUGUUUUUGUCAGCUUUUUGCUCUGUGGAUCAGGAAAGAAGAAGUGGACAGCGGAUAAGAUGUGGCUGCCGCCCCCUCAAAACAAAGAGCAAGAGGCUCUUUUUAUAGAAAAAAAUUUACGUAAGCCAUGGGCUGGUUCGGGUCCAAUCAGUUCGGUUUGACCGGUUUGGUUCUUGGUUAUGUGUUUCGACUGGUUGGGCCAAGUUGACGGGAAUGAAUUUUAGUUGGAUUGGACCUGGACUUCUGUUGGCUUGGCUGGGAUUUGAAUUUGGGCUAUUACCAGAACAUACUUGGGUUUAGGCUUUGGGCUCUUUUCUUAAUUUUGUCAAAUGUAAUCACACUCGUAAUCUUUGUUUAAUGAAUGGUG